AGCAACGGUCUAAUGUGAACAGGACAACCAUGACAAAAAAAUGAUAUUCUUUGUCCCCAAAACGCCACGCAUCUAUUGAUGCAUUUAUUUUAAAUACUUAUAAAUGUCUAAAUGUAGAACAGCCAGUUCGUUCUCAACUAACUUGAAAUGUUCUAAAAAUACUCCUCCUAAAUUGACAGCGUUCCCUUGAGCAGCAGAACUCAGUCGUAAGUGUGAAAGCGUGUCCCGUGCUACAGGGAAUUUCCCGUCCACGUGUCUGAAUACGCACACAAAAACAAACCCUGUGAUUGGCUACAACGACCACGGGUAACGCCUCCUUAAAGGGACGCGUCACCACGUCACUGCGGUGCAGCGCAGUUUGCCGACAGAAACCACCUCGUUUUUAAACAGCCUUUAUUUACUAAGUGUAUUUACUGGGAGCCCCGCCCCGUCGGCGGAGUCACUCUGGAGCUGACGUCGGCGAAAUGAAAUCGGCUGGCCGCAGUAUUCCUCACAGAAUGGAAGCUGCCGCGGAGGUGACACAAACUCUCACCGCUUCAACCUAUCUUUGCCGGAUACUGAACCCGUUUUCGCCACUUUUUUUCUCAGCGUUUGGGAGACAAUACAUCAAAACCCUGCAGUGAGGUUCGCUCCUCUCAUAGUGCCCUCGCAUGGAUGACGAGGAGGACGAUGUCUUUGAGCCAGACCCGCACAGCUGGCACACAACAUUCAGGGAGAUAAGGUGUGAAGACCGGGGCACACAGACACCUGGUCCAGACCUGGCACUGAACAACGGCAUGCUGCCCUGUGGGGUGGGAGAGGAGCCCAGACCACUCUUCUACGGCAACGCAGGCUUUCGAUUGCACUUCCCAGCUCACUUUGAGCUAAUUGGAGAUCGGGAAACAAGGAGAAGACAAAGUGACGAGGAGCGAAAUAGGAUGGAGCCGCGGCCCCAGCAGCAGCAGCAGCAGCAGCGGCAGCAGCAGCAGCAGCCUGUGCAGCGCAGCGUGGAGGUCCGCAUUGGCCAGAAACUCCAGCUAAUAGGAGACCAGUUCCACCGGGAUCAUCUGCAGCUGUAUCAUCGAAACCAAAGGAACCACGGGCCGCUGUGGUGGCGCCUGACCACAACUCUGCUCAGCCUUCUGUUCAACAGAGGGUUCUUUGCUGGGGGAGGCGCAGCGGGACGGAGGUGAGGAGAGCCUCACGGUGGCCUCUCUGCGUGGACGUAGACUCCUGAUGGCACUGUCAAAAAUGGAACACGGGUCUGUUUCUGGGCGGGGGAUAGAAAAAAGGAGGAGACAAAAAAAAAGUCGCCGCGGGACGGAGACAACAACUUUUCUAAAAGGUUGUGUGUUUUUCUUUUUUUUUUUUCUUUCCAAGAAGAUGCCAUGAUGCUCUGAGAUUCUUCUACAGGACAAUGUUCAUAUUUUCAUACACGUGUGGUGUAGUCGUUUUGUACAGUACGUUUUUCAUGUCAAAUUAUUUGCACUUCAACAUGAAAUCCAUCAAGACCUCGACGGAGCCUGGGAAUGCCUUAAAUACUGUAGUAUCGUCUGCCAGAAGGAGUAUUGAGUAUUGAUGUUCUUCAAGAUCUGGUGUUUGGAUUUUCUUUCUUUCUUUUUUAAAGAUUCCCAGGUGAUCAGUAAAGUUGACACCAAUUUUCCAAAGAGGCAACUUCUGAGAACAAAGCAAUUUGCACCGCAGCUCGACGGAACAUCAGUCUUUUUGUUUUUAAUACUUACUACUACUAUUACUACUACUACUACUACUACUACUACUUAUUAUUACUAUAAUAUGGCAGUAUGUUUGAACACAAUCCCUCACAGAAGUCUGCACACCAGCAGCUGAACUCCAGAUACGUCUUGACGUGCGAAAGAUCAGCGCUUAUUGCAAGUCAAAUAUUUGCGUGACUCGUAUUGAACGACAGCAAAGCAAAGUCGUAAACGUCGGCAACGGUAAGACAUGACAAACAAGGGUACACGUAAACAAAGUACCUAGUCCUGGAUACUCAACUCAGGUGGAGUUUCCAUGUGGUUAUGCAAAAUGUUUGCCUUGUAGUCGUGUAUAUUUACAUUUCCUGCAGCGACUAACGCUGCAAAUGAAAGAGUUUUAAUUAAAGUUCCUUUGAUAAAAAAGGAACUUGAAUUAAACUCUUUCAAGUCAUACAAAUAAAGGGAGGGGAAGUAGUAUUUCACAUCAGUGAAACUUCCUCAAAAAGAUUAAAACUAGAAUGAUUUUCCUACCAUAGCUCCGUUUCCGUGCACCGUAUUGAGAGCCCGCCCCUUAUUUUGGGAACCAUUGGCUCACAGAGAAUCAAAUUUAAACAAAAUGUGUUCCUUUUUCUUUUUAUCCUGACCACGGCAGUCGUAAGAAUAAUGAACUGUGAUGAACUGCAUUAGCACAACAGGCUAGCACAGAAACAGUCGGACGAUCGUUGUUAGUUUUGGUCUCAGUGUUCUGGAAAUUGGAUUGUGUUUCUGUUGAGAUCCAAAAUAGAAAUACUUAUAGAAAUAAUAGUGGAUUUUUUUUUAGAGGAACUGGUCAAUUUAUCAUCCAACUACCUCCAGACUUAUUGAAACUGUAAUAGUAAUUGUAACUGUUCAAUCAUAUCAUACUAAACAGGAUUUAUAUUUUUGUAUUUCCUUCACGGCUAAUUGUGUUAAAAACUAAAAUAGAAAAACAUUCGAAACAGGCCGUCAUCUUUUCAUAUUCAAAGAGGAAAUACUCAACAAUUACAACAGCGACCAUCAACAGGUGGCUCGCGGGCCAAUUCCGGCUCACUGAACCGUCCAAUCCGGCCCCGCG